UGAUCCUCAGUGCUGGUGAAAAAGAUGGCGGCGCCCUACGGUGAUACGUGUAACGAGAAGAUGCUGUAGAUAAUUAUUACUUUAUAAAGACAAAUAAUACUUAACAACAUGUUUAAAGAAACGGCACAACUUUUUAAGGCCGCAGCUCCUUUGCUUGCAAAAACGACGCUUUGGAAAGAAGUAAGAAUCAGCUUGACACAUGGAGGGAGCAGUGUCCACGGGCAUCGAUAUUUCAAUGUCACCUGCAGUUUAUGUGCGAAGGUACCGCCGAGAAAAAAGCCGCGAGUCAAGGUGGAUAUACCCGGACUCGAGCGCAUUACCUAUGGCGAUAGAAUGCACUAUGUCCCUGGGUUGGCAAAGCCCUCUUUCCCUACCUGGGUGCGAGACUGGAACGACCCCUCUCAUUAUUAUGCGCCGAAAGAGGAAGAAAUGCCACUCCAUAAAGAGAAGUCUUGCUUCAUAUUUAACCAAAGGACAAACGCACUUGAAGGUGUCAGGCAAGCACUGUGGCUCACUAAAUCCAAGCUGACAAAUGGACUUCCGGACCAGGUUCUGUCAUUGGCUGAGAAUGAAGCCAAUCAGAUUGAAAACCAGGAUGAGCGAGUUCAGAAUGCCAUCAGGCAUGCUCGCUUCUGGGACACCACAGAGGAACGACCGUCCAGAGACAGUUUCUGCGUGGCUUUGCUGAGGAGCCUGAUCCACCUGUGUGGGAGCCUGCAGGUCAGUCAUCCUGGGCUUGGCAGGAGGAUCCUGGCGGAGAAAUACAGUCUGGCUGCCACAUGGAGCAGAGGUGAAGACUUGUUCCAGGUGCGAGGGCAGAAUGGGUUGCUGCUCAACAGCAUGGCCCCUCUCCCAGUGCUUGCUGGGAAAGAGGAGGUCCAGAGCACGGCCGCCCAUGUCCUGGAGACGUUCUACCCAAUCUCUCCCACCAUCGACCUGCAGAGUGUCCAGGUCUACGAGGAGCAGAACCAUACAGGCUUCAAGGAGGACUACCCUUACCCUCAUGCCCACACCCUCUUCCUCCUGGAGGCAGGAGACACCCCUGUCACUCUCCUUCCUGAGCAGCUCCGUGCUAAGAUGAUCAUGUUUGCCUUCGGGAACGCCCUGGCUCGUGCUCACACACUCCACGGGACUAAGCCUGGGGUGCUGGAGCAGCCCAUAGUGGUCCAGUCGGUGGCCACCAACGGACGGAUGUUCCAGUAUGUGGUGUUCCAGCUCAACACCACAGACCUGCAGGCUGACGAGGGGGUCAAGAACCAGGUGUGGGUGGAGAAUGACCAGCUGCUGUACGACUUCGCCAAGGUCCGCCCCCUCAUCAAGAAGAGGGUGGUGCAGAUUCCACCAGGUCUAUCUGGGUACAAGCCUGAAACCUUCCAGAAGUUCCUGUCCCUGUAUCUGCAUGGAGCUGUGUGAACUAGCUACAUUAAACAGCACCAAAACAACAAUGUUCCACUAUUCAUAACCUUCCUUUUUCUACUGGCAUUACUGUAAUAUCUGAAAAGUGACCCUAGAUACUCUAACUCAUCAGAGUCAAAAGUUUCAUUGCGUUUCUCUACCCUCGGCUCAGUUUUGAAUUACAUCUGUAGAAGAGGAUUGUGAUCCAUAUCUCUUAUUGCUUAAGAAAAUGACCAAAAUAGCAAUGUGGAAAUGUAGCUAUGUAUAUCAUUAUGACAAGCUCAUUAUUUUGAGAUGCUUAAUUUGUUUCCAGUAUUGAUUAAAUGGAUACAGAUGUUACACAA